UGUGAUUGGGGAUGGACGGAUAGACCGGGCUGUGCCGCCACUGCUAGGAGAGCGCGCACACACAUACAUGCACACACAUACGUAUACACACCCACACACACUCCAGAGGGUAGUGUGUGAGCCAGCCAGUCAGUCAGUGUGAGUGUGUAAGCCAUGUUGGAUGUGAAUGAACGGGAGGAGAGAUGCUGCUGCCGCGCCGCUCCUAACGCUCAGACCUCCAGCUCCACGGACCAUAGCGGGUAGAUGCCAACUCUCCAGGCCGACGGAGAGACGGGGGAGCCUGGGGGAAGGUGUCGGGCGGUGCCGGCGGUCCUGGAACUGGCCACCUAGCCGGAACGAGGGAGAGAGAGAGAGAAGUAACGGGGAGAAGGGAAGACGCACUCGAGAGAGAAAGAGAGAGAAUAGGCACAAGUGGAAGAGGGAGAAAGGAGGGAGAUACAGAGAAAGGAAGAGACUAAAUGGCUGUACCGCUACCGGGCUUCACCCCGCUCCUGCUCUCGUCUCUGGCACUCCACCUGCUUCUCCUCGGCCCUUUGUUUGCUCUCGCCCCGGGGACGGUGAAUACAGGAGGGGCUUCCAACCGCUGGAUCCCGGGCCUCUGUUACCGAGACGCCGGUAAAGUGAGCCAGAAGCAACAGCAGCAGCGCGAGGAAGCAGGGGAGUUGCCGAGGGACAGCUGUAAUCUACGCCCUAGCAGGUGGCCCGUAGAGCGGAUACAGACUGAGGGAUGCUCUGGAGUGCAGCGCGCAGAGGGGACGCUGGGAAGAUAUCACCAGGAUGGGGCGAGGGGGACACGGAAGGAGGGACUGAAAGGAGUCGGGACGUUUUGGAGGAGUGGAAACGGCCCUCCGGCACCAUCAUCACCUCCACCUUCUCUCCACCCAGGUAUUAGGAGCAGGUCGAGCUCUGAUGGCGUCGGCGCAGGAGAGGGAGUGGAGAGAGGGGGGAUUACGAGGAAGGGCGUUGUUUCUCCUCCCGCUUCACCUGCUUUCACCUCCUCGCCGGUUCAAAACGGCAAGAAACGGGCAGUACAAAGGACUAGAGCGUUUGCGCAACGGUGGCCGGCGUCGAGGCCACACCUCGCCAAACGUGGCGCCGCUAGAGCCUUUGUGCACGCCUCUGGCCUGUGCAGGGCACCCGGAAGUGGAGAGAUGAGAGGGGGAGAGGUGCGGGAGAGGGUUCGUGAGGUGAGGAGGCUUUUUGCUACAUGGUGCUCUCUGACACCCGAGUAUCUCUCCUGCUCAAGCCCCGACAAACAAGCCCUCUCCCCGACCAACAACCCCUCACCUGGCCCCUUGCCAACCGGUUGCUCUUGUUGCAUUCAUCCUAUUUCUGGAUACAAUUCACCACACAGCGAGGCUUCAAACUACACCUUUAAAUGUCACCCCCGUUACAACAGCAAUUCAGACUGUAACCAGGGAUCGAAAUUGGACAUUUGUCAUUUUUCAACUUGUAAUUCCUCCCAGACCGGCUACACAGAUACAAUUCAGCCACAUCCAGUUUACAGGAACAGCAACAAAAACAAGGCUUGGGAUGCUGAUGGGAGCUCAGCCAACGUGGACAGGGGGGCUGGUAAUUGUUCUCAUUUGGGAAGGCACAAUAUUAUCGAUCCCAGCAGCAACAUAGAGGGGGGUGAUGAUAGCUGUUUGACAGAGUGCAGUGAGAGGGGGGCGAGGAGUGGGGGAGAUGAGGAAGAAGGAAAGGAAGCGUGCAGAUGUAGCGCACUGGCCGUGAUUAACCCCAGUACCUGGGCGCACUUAGAUUGUUGUGGACCUCCUGCCCGUGAGGUGAAAGUAAGGUAUUACCACGCCAGAAUUCUGGAUAAGAGGAGAGUGUGGGAUGAGAGGAAAGAGGGGAAAGAUGGACGAGGAGGAGAGGUGAAACAAGGCAACAAACACAUUAAUGUAUCUAAUUAUCUGGAUAGUGAUUUGGCUUUUCCGAUUCUGACGCGCCUAUGUAGGGCUGAUAAUGAGCUUCCGCAGGGGAAAUCAGCACCAUCAAACAGGGGGCAGAGCAGCCAAACCCGGGGAGAAAGCGAGGAGGUUCCCGGUGGUUGCUUUGGUUGUUUGGACAGAAUAGAAAUGGGGGAUGGAUAUUUAGCUGGGUUUAUGGUCCCGGAGGGAGUCAUAGUUCAGAGGAAUAUCCCCAUCCAAUUUUCCUCCAGCAGCAUCACAAAGACGCCCAGCCAACAUUUUCCAUCCAGCAAAAGCGCAAUUCCCGAAAUUACAUCAAAAUAUUCUGGCCUGGUGCUCAAUACGCCCCCUCAAACACAAACAGGCGAUUAUGCAGAAAGUGGAAAAGUAUCCAAAUCGCUCCGUCUAUUUGCUGAAAAAGUAAACGCAACUUCAGAGACAGAAUCUGCCGGUGACUCAGUCUUUUCCUCGCCUGCGAAGUUUCUUGUUAAAUUUCCCGGUUUUGUGUCAGCCACGUCUCGCUCUGCAACAGCAAUCAAAGCACGUGCUGUCACUCAGCCUGAUGACACCCCAGCAGAACACCUCUCGUUUUUCUCAGAAAUUAACCUGACCACAUGGCAGGAUGACUCUGCACGUUCGCUUCACUUAACCUCUGUGGACAUGGUUUCAGCACGACGGACAGCUCCCCCAGACUCUCAGCGCGUGUUCAUGUGGAUCAAAUUCAACAGCAACAGCAAUAACAACAACGAAGAGGAGGGGAGCAAGGAGACAAAUGGUUAUAGUCGUGAAUCUAAAAUAGAAAAAUCGCCGUGGCAUGGUCAGACACAGCAACCAGACCUGUGGGAGACCGCACUGCGAGAGAUGGUCAAGGCAGGGUGCGCUGACAGCAUUUACACCGACUGUACAGCCACCGAGCAGGGGGACCAACAUAUGCAAUUAAAACCCGGUAAGCAAGUGCCAUUAGAGCCCGAAGGUGUCAGACAGUCAGAUAGGCGGCAGAUGGGGGCCGAGGGAGAAAGGGAGAGGGAUGCAAAAAGGGAGGGAGAGGGCUUGGAGGGGUCCGCUGCUGUUGCUGCCGUUGUUGGGGGAGGAAAAUUACAGGUGGGGGAUGGCGAGAGAGAGGCGCGGCUGAUGGGAGGGAGAGAACCAGAGGGAGAGGAGAAAGAGGAGAGGGAAAAGAGAAUAACAAAGGCAGGCCAGGCAGAGGAGAGAGAGGCAGAGGGAGGGAAGGGUCAGGAUAGGGGCAGUAGCACCACCACCAUCACACAGCCAGAUAGCGAAAUAGGGAAGAAAGAGAGCCAGGCAGAUGAAAGCCAUGAGGUUGGAGAGGGGGAUGAGAGGGAGGUGGAAGGGGAGGAGGAGAGGCACAGUACAAGGGGAGAGAGGAGCCUGGAACGACUGAUAAUAGUAGCAGAUGAUGAAAUCUCACAGGGAGAAAGGGGGAGGAAGAUUUUGAUGCCUUGGCCUCGCUCUCGACGUGCAGCCAACAGACAUCCCCAUUUCUCCCAGUACAACUUCCAAGUACAAGUAGCUGAGAACCAGCCACCCGGCACCUCAGUCAUUAUCAUGUCCGCUUCAGACCCAGAUGCAGGAGAUGCAGGCAGGGUGAGUUACACCAUGGCUCCGCUGAUGAACAGUCGAUCCUCUGACUACUUCCACAUCCACCCAGACACAGGUCUCAUCACCUCCACUCAGAUUCUAGACAGAGAACACAUGGAUUUGCAUUACUUCCGGGUCACGGCGACCGAUCAUGGCUCCUCUCGCCUCUCUGGCACCACAAUGGUGGCCAUUACUGUUUCAGACCGUAAUGAUCAUUCUCCUAUAUUUGAGCAGACAGAGUACAGGGAGACGAUCAGGGAGAACGUAGAGGAGGGGUAUCCCAUCUUACAGCUGAGAGCGACAGACUUAGACUCCCCAUCCAAUGCCAAUAUCCGUUACCGCUUUGUCGGUGACACGGCUGCAAUAGCAAGAGCGGCCUUUGAGAUUGACCCACGCUCUGGCCUCAUUACAACCCGUGGAUCGGUGGACCGGGAAACCAACGAGCACUACACUUUACAGGUGGAGGCCAGUGACCAGGGGAAGGAACCGGGGCCACGCUCCGCUACUGUUGAAGUUUUCAUUACCAUCCUGGAUGAAAAUGACAAUGUGCCACAGUUCAGUGAAAAGCGCUAUGUGGUAGCAGUGAAGGAGGAUGUACGGCCUCACUCUGAGAUCCUCCGUGUGAGUGCCACAGACCUGGACAAGGACAGUAACGCUGCUGUUCACUAUAAUAUCAUCAGUGGUAACAGCCGUGGACAGUUUUCCAUCGACAGUGUCACUGGGGAGAUCCAUGUUGUGGCACCACUAGACUAUGAGGCAGAACGGGAGUAUACGCUCCGUGUUCGUGCACAGGACAAUGGCCGCCCACCUCUCUCCAACAACACCGGUAUUGUCAGUGUACAGGUGACGGAUGUCAACGACAACCCACCAAUCUUUGUGUCCACACCAUUCCAGGCGUCUGUGCUUGAGAGCGCCCCAGUUGGUAGUUCCAUCCUCCACAUUCAGGCCAUUGAUACCGAUUCCGGUGAUAACGCCCGCCUGGAGUACAGGUUAACUGGCACCGGUUCUGACACACCAUUCAUUAUCAAUUCUGCAACCGGCUGGGUCACUGUGAGCUCCAUUCUUGACCGAGAAUCUGUGGAACACUAUUUCUUUGGCGUGGAGGCCAGGGAUUAUGGCAUGCCGCCUCUUUCUGCUACGGCAAGUGUUACAAUUACAGUGAUGGACGUUAAUGACAACCGCCCUGAGUUCCUCCAAAAGGAGUACUAUUCUCGCCUGAAUGAGGACGCUGUGGUUGGUACCAGCGUAGUGACUGUCACGGCUGUGGACCGGGAUGUCAACAGUGCGGUGACCUAUCAGAUUACAGGAGGAAACACCAGAAACCGCUUUGCCAUCAGCACAGCAGGAGGGGCUGGACUUCUCACAUUAGCUCUCCCAUUGGACUACAAACAGGAGCGGCGUUACGUUCUAACAGUCACUGCCUCAGACCGCACACUCCACGACACCUGUCAGGUGCACAUCAACAUCACAGAUGCCAACACGCAUCGGCCUGUAUUCCAGAGUGCCCACUACUCAGUCAGCGUGAAUGAGGACCGACCACCCGGAAGCACUGUAGUUGUAAUCAGUGCCACGGAUGAUGAUGUUGGUGAAAAUGCUCGAAUCACAUACUUCCUCGAGGACAAUAUCCCACAAUUCCGCAUCGACACCGCCACAGGGGCUAUAACACUGCAGGCAGAGCUCGACUAUGAGGACCAGAUGACCUACACUUUGGCUAUAACAGCUAAAGACAACGGCAUACCACAGAAAUCAGACACUACAUAUGUUGAGGUUAAUGUGAAUGAUGUGAACGACAACGCACCUCAGUUCCUCAGCCCCAGAUAUCAGGGAACAGUAAGCGAAGACGCCCCUCCCUUUACUAGUGUCCUCCAAAUCUCAGCCACUGACCGUGAUGCACACGCAAAUGGUCGUGUUCAGUACACCUUCCAAAAUGGUGAGGAUGGGGAUGGAGACUUUACCAUUGAGCCUACAUCUGGCAUCGUCCGAACCGUUCGGCGGUUGGACCGUGAGAGUGUGCCAUUCUAUGAGCUCACGGCUUAUGCCGUAGAUCGCGGCGUGCCCCCUCAGCGAACCCCCGUCCACAUCCAGGUGACAGUCCUGGAUGUGAACGACAAUGCCCCUGUCUUCCCUGCGGAUGACUUUGAAGUUCUAGUGAAGGAAAACAGCGCAGUGGGCUCUGUGGUAGCCCAGAUCACAGCCACUGACCCAGAUGAAGGCGCCAACGCUCAGAUCAUGUACCAAAUCGUGGAGGGCAACAUCCCUGAGAUCUUUCAGAUGGACAUCUUUUCAGGGGAACUCACUUCACUUAUUGAUCUUGACUAUGAGGCCCGCAAUGAGUAUGUCAUCGUAGUCCAGGCCACGUCAGCACCUCUUGUCAGCCGGGCCACUGCCCGGAUCCGAUUGGUGGACCAGAACGACAACCGGCCCACUCUGCAGGACUUCCAAAUCAUAUUCAACAACUUUGUGUCCAAUCGGUCCAACAGUUUCCCCAGCGGGGUAAUUGGGAAGGUACCCGCCCACGACCCUGAUGUGUCAGACAGACUGUACUACACCAUCGACCGAGGGAACGAGCUUCACCUGCUGCUCCUGAAUCACACCAGUGGAGAGAUCCGACUGAGCCGAAAACUGGAUAACAACAGGCCGCUGGUGGCUCCCAUGCUGAUCACUGUCACAGAUGGCGUCCACAGCAUUUCAGCCCAGUGUGUUCUCCGCGUCCUCAUCAUCACAGAGGACAUGCUGGGCAGCAGUGUCACUGUCCGCCUCCAGAACAUGUCCCAGGAGCACUUCCUGUCACCACUGCUGGGUAACUUCCUGGAAGGCGUGUCAGCAGUGCUCUCUGUGCCUGUCGAGGAUGUUUUCAUCUUCAAUAUCCAGCCAGAUCUGGACGCUGCGCCGGGAGGGAUCCUGAAUGUCAGCUUCUCUGCUGCGUUGCCCGGCGGACUCUUCUUCCCCUCUGAGACCCUGGAGGAACAGCUGUACCUGAACAGGCCGAGGCUGACGUCACUGACACAGAUGGAGGUUCUCCCGUUCGACGACAAUGUGUGUCUGCGUGAGCCAUGCCAGAACUACAUGAAGUGCAUCUCAGUGCUGCGCUUCAACAGCUCUGCCCCCUUCAUCUCCUCGCCCUCCAUCUUGUUCCGGCCCAUCCACCCUAUCGCAGGCCUACGCUGCCGCUGCCCAGUUGGCUUCACGGGUGAUUACUGUGAGACGGAGAUCAACCUGUGUUACUCCAACCCCUGCCUGAACGGAGGGGUUUGCGCCCGCAGAGAAGGAGGGUACACCUGCAUCUGCCGUGAAGAUUAUACUGGUGACCGGUGUGAGUUUGACCGGCGGCAGGGCAGGUGUGUGCCAGGUGUGUGUCGUAAUGGAGGGACGUGUCGGGAGCUUUCAGGUGGUGGUUUCCGCUGUGAGUGUCCUGCAGGAGGCUAUGAGCGUCCAUACUGCACAGUCACUGCCCGGUCCUUCCCACCAAAGUCCUUCGCCAUGUUUCGGGGCCUCAGACAGAGAUUUCACCUGUCCAUCUCGUUAACUUUUGCCACUCUGGAGAACAGUGGUCUUCUCUUCUAUAAUGGACGCUUCAAUGAGAAACACGACUUCAUCGCCUUGGAGAUCCAAGAAGGACAAGUUGUGCUCAAAUAUUCCACAGGUGAAUCGUCCACUCAGGUGAGUCCCUUCCUGCCUGGCGGUGUGAGCGAUGGCAACUGGCAUACUGUUCACAUCCACUACUACAACAAGCCAGCUACACGCUAUCCCAAGCGCAGUAUGAGCGGUGAGGCCCAGGGUCCGUCAGAUGAGAAGAUUGCUGUGGUGAGCGUUGACGACUGUGAUACAGCAUUGUCGCUUCGCUUCGGUACACAGCUCGGAAAUUACAGCUGCGCUGCGCAGGGAAAACAGGCCAGCAGCAAGAAGUCUCUGGACCUGACUGGUCCGUUGUUUCUGGGCGGAGUUCCCAACGUACCAGACAACUUCCCGUUUGGCACCAGGGAGUUUAUCGGCUGUAUGAAGGAGCUGCACAUUGACAACAAGCCCCUGGACUUGGCUGGGUUUAUUGCUAACAAUGGAACGCUACCCGGCUGCAGUGCCAAGCUUCCCUUCUGUAAGUCCAACCCCUGUCAGAACGGAGGAACCUGCAGUGUGAGCUGGGAGACUUUCUCCUGCGACUGUCCCCUAGGGUACGGAGGAAAGGACUGCAGCCACGUGAUGCCACACCCCCAUCGCUUUCUGGGUAACAGCGCCCUCUGGUGGGACCUGAAGAACGACGUAACCAUCUCCACGCCCUGGUAUCUCGGCCUGGUGUUCAGGACCAGAGCGCGAGAGGGGACGCUGCUGCAGGCUCAGGCGGGCCAGUACACUAGCCUGCUGUUCCAGGUCAUAAAUGGUCAGCUUGUGUUCUCUGUGACCCGGGGUUCGACCAGACCGGUGCGUUUGCGAUUGGAUCAGGUUCAGGUGGCAGACGGCCGGUGGCAUGACCUCCAACUGGAGCUGCGAGACGUUCGUAGCGGCCGUGAGACACGCUAUGUUGCCACACUACGGCUUGACUUCGGACUUUAUCAGGGAACAGUGAUAGUGGGAAAUGAGAUUCAUGGUUUGAAGGUGAAACAUCUGCAUGUGGGAGGAGUGCUGGGCUCUGGAGAGGUUCAAAACGGGAUAAAAGGAUGCAUACAGGGCGUUCGGUUGGGUGUACGGCCUGACACCCCUCCCCUGCCACGCCCGUCAAGAGCUGUCAAAGUAGAGACCGGCUGUAAUGUUGGCAACCCCUGCGUCUCGUCUCCUUGUCCUGGCCACAGCCGCUGUUCUGACCAAUGGGAGCGGCACACCUGUAUGUGUGAACCUGGUUACUACGGGAGAGGCUGCACUGACGCUUGCCAUCUGAAUCCAUGUGAAAACGAGGCUCAAUGCCACAGGAAGCCCAGCUCUUCCCAUGGAUACAUCUGUGACUGCGGAGACAACCACUAUGGGCAGUACUGCCAACACAGGAUUGAUCACCAGUGUCCCAGAGGUUGGUGGGGAUCUCCAACCUGUGGACCCUGUCACUGUGACGCUAAUAAAGGCUUCGACCCUGACUGCAACAAGACCAGCGGACACUGUCAGUGCAAGGAGUUUCACUACCGUCCACGGGGCUCUGACACCUGCCUGCCAUGUGACUGCUACCCGGUGGGUUCGUUCUCGCGGUCAUGUGACCCAGAGACAGGCCAGUGCCAGUGCAGGCCCGGCGUGAUUGGCCGCCAGUGCAACAUAUGUGACAGCCCCUUCGCUGAGGUCACGAAUUCAGGCUGUGAAGUCAUUUAUGAUGGUUGUCCAAAAACCAUCACUCAGGGGAUCUGGUGGCCUCGGACCAAGUUCAACCUGCCUGCCGCAGUGCCCUGCCCCAAAGGCUCCGUCGGUGCAGCCAUCAGACACUGUGAUUUAGAGAGAGGAUGGCUGGAACCAGACCUUUAUAACUGCACCUCCCCUCCAUUUGUGGAGCUCAAUGCCGCUCUCGAUUCUCUGGAGCGUAAUGAGACAGAACUGAACACAAUCAUGGAGAAGAAACUUGCCCACCAGCUCCGUGACGUCACCGAGGCAACCGCCCGACUCUACGGCAACGACUUGCAGAUCACCGAACGGCUGCUGUCCCGCCUCCUGACCUUCGAGACCCAACAGAGCGGCUUCGGACUCACCGCUACUCAGGACGCACAUUUUAAUGAGAACAUUGUGCGGGGCUGCAGUGUGCUAUUGGGUCCUGGUACCUCUGGGCUUUGGCGGGCUCUCGCUCAGAGUCAAAACCACAUCCCGGGUGGCGGUCCAGCCGAGCUGACGGAGCUGCUGGAACAGUACGCCCAGAAUCUGGCCCAGAACAUGAAGCUCACCUACCUCAAUCCUGUGGCGCUGGUUGCUCCAAACAUAGUCAUGAACCUGGACCGUGUGGAAAACCAGACCCAUGUGCGGCGGCGUUUCCCUCGUUACCACACCACCCUGUUUCGUGGCCAGACAUUGUGGGAUCCCAACACCCAUGUGUUAUUGCCCCCUGCUGCCCUGGUGCCACAACGACAGCAACAACAUCAACAACACAACUGGAAGGAGAAGGAACGGACAGAGAAAGAGCCCUUGGCCCCUCAGAACGCUGCUCCUGCCGCUGUCAGUAUCUCAGCCAAUCAGACAGGAGAAUACACUGCAGCCAGACGCACUGUUUCAAUGCCAGAGCCUCCCAUCACCAUCGUCAUCAUGCUGAUAUAUCGCAGUCUGGGCAGCGCCCUCCCUCCCAAGUACCACACAGACCGACGAGGAGUGAGGCUUCCCAGACACCCGGUAAUGAACUCCCCAGUGGUCAGUAUCUCUGUCUACAACAACCAGACGUUUGUGGGCGGACACUUAGACCAGCCCAUCCUGCUUGAGUUCAAGCUGCUGGAGACGGCCAAUCGCAGCAAGCCACUGUGUGUGCAGUGGAACCACAGCAGUCCGUAUGAGAUAGGAGGUUGUUGGACAGUCAGGGACUGUAUGGUGGUGUACAGGAACACCUCACAUGUCCGCUGUCAGUGCCAGAGACUGGGCACCUUCGGCGUGCUGAUGGACAGUUCACACAGAGAGCAGUUAGAGGGGGAUCUGGAGACGCUGGCCCUGGUCACAUACUCUUCUCUGUGCGUCUCCAUGCUGGCCCUCCUCCUCACUGUCCUGGUGCUCUCAUGCCUCCGAGGCCUCAAGUCCAACACCAGAAGCAUCCAUUCAAACACAGCGGCGGCCAUGUUUUUGUCGGAGCUGGUGUUUCUGCUCGGGGUCAAUCACACUGAACAACAGUUCCUUUGCACAGUCGUCGCCAUUCUCCUGCAUUACUUCUUCAUGUCCACGUUUGCUUGGAUGUUCGUGGAGGGCCUUCAUAUCUACCGCAUGCAGACCGAGCAACGCAACAUUAACUAUGGUGCCAUGAGGUUCUACUACGCCAUCGGCUGGGGCGUGCCCGCCAUUAUCACAGGCCUGGCGGUGGGCUUGGACCCAGAGGGUUAUGGGAACCCAGACUUUUGUUGGAUCUCCAUCUAUGACAAACUCAUCUGGAGCUUUGCUGGUCCUAUAGCCAUCGUCAUACUGAUGAAUGGAGGGAUUUUCAUGAUUGUAGCCAAGAUGUCCUGCAAUCCUUCUCAGAAGGAGACCAAGAAGCUCCCUGUCAUUGCUACUGUUCGCAAUGCCUUCUUGCUGUUGCUGGUGGCCACCUCCACCUGGCUAUGUGGUCUGAUGGCUGUGAAUAACAGCAUCCUGGCUUUCUACUACAUAUUCGAUGUCCUCUGUCUAGUGCAGGGUCUGUCGGUGAUGCUGGUCUUCACUGUGUUCAACUCAGAGGUUAAGGAGGCCUGGAGUGUUGCCUGUUUGGGUAAGAAGAGCCCUGGAGAAGACCCACCAAGACCACCACAGAACACCGCUCAGAACCCCUAUCACAACGCAUCUCUGUUGGAGCAGAGCGGGCUGCACCGAAUCACUCUGGGAACCUCCACCAUCUCCUCCGUCAGCUCGGCCAGAGAAAAUCUUUUGGCUCGUCAGACUCUGGAACAAAACAUCGUCCACACCGGAGCAACAGACCUGGAUGUAGCCAUGUUCCACAGAGACGGAGGUGAGGAUUCAGACUCAGACUCAGACCUCUCCAUGGAGGAGGAGUGCAGUCUCUCCAUUCCUUCCUCUGAGAGCGAGGACAACGUCCGACUCCGUGGGCGCAUCCAGCGGCGAUUCAAACGCUCCAAUCACAGCGAGCGUCUGCUCACAGAGCCCACCCACAACGGCACCAAAGAUCUGGAUGGUAAUGACCUUCUGUCCUACUGGCCAGCUUUGGAAGAGUGUGAGACGCACAGCCUUCAGAAGUGGGGCUCAGAGCGCCCCCUGGGGGCAGAUUACAGCAAGGACGCUGCCAACAACAACCAGCCUGACGCAGCGCUGACCAGUGGGGACGAGAACGGCCUCACCCAGCCACACAGGCACCGCAAGGGUAUCCUGAAGAAUCGUCUCGGUUGUCCCCCAGCACUUCAGGGUCUUUCCACCAUGGGCCGUGUCCCCAGUGAGCUCAACUGGUACCGAACCUCUACUUUGGGUCACCGGGGUGUUCCUGCAGCCUCGUACGGUCGCAUGUACUCUGCCACGGCUGGUGCCAGUGGAGGUUCCGGCUCUCUCUCUCAACCUGCUUCCCGGUACUCCUCCAGGGAACAACUGGACUCGCUGUCUCGGAGGCAACUGUCCAGGGAUCCACUUGGGAGGCAAACGGUAGGGGGUUCGAGGGACCGACUGGACUCCCGGGGUUCCAGGGACAACUUGGAUCUCUUACCCAGGAGGAGAGAGCUGGGGCAGGGAGCAGGGCUCGGGGGCCUGGGUCUGGAUCACCAGCGAGCCUCUUCAUCCAGGGAGAACUUGGCAGGAUCCAGGGACAGACUGGACAACCACCACACCGGUAGCGUCCACGCCUCAAGGGAGGACUUGAGUGGGAACGGGGGAGCGGGAAUGGAGGGAUACCUCAGCGGAUCGAGGUCGCAGCUGAACUCGCUACCUCGGCGGCAGGCCUCAUCCCGCGAGCACCUAGCGGGGGCGCUGAUGAGCAGUAGGUCAAGAGAGCAGCUGGAGACCAACGGAGGUGGAGCCCAGGCUCAGCCGUGUCGGGAGUGGCUCCGCACUCUGCCUCCCCGCCAGCCCUCGCACCCCGACCAGCCUCCCUCCUCCUCCCCUCCUCCCCCGAUCUCUGAAGAGCCUCAGCAUGAGCAGCUCCCAGCUCAGGGCAGAGGACGACUGGACUCCGCACCUCCAUGUAGGUACCCUGGUCAGACUGUCCCCCAGGUCGCAGGUUCAAAUCCAAACCCUCUGGGUCGACAACCAUCCAGUGAACACCUGGAUAUUCUGUCCUCCAUCCUGGCAUCCUUUAGUUCCUCCGUCCUCACUCCUCCCCCCGCUGCCUCUAACCCUGGGCCUAAUGGCUCCGCCCACGGACCCUCCCUUUCCCCGUCCCAGUCAGCCACCUCCCACAGCAUAUCUGAAGUCUCCCCCGACUCCGAAGCCAACAGAAGUGAAGGACAGUCUUGAUGACAGCCUCUAUAUCCCUUUAUGCAUUGUGACAGUGCUUGGAACACCAGGGACAAGUUCAAAGGUCAUGUAUGAUCCUGAACCGCUGGGGCACCCUGGGACAUCGGAUGACUAAAAACAAACUUGGGACAGAGGAGACACAGAGUUGGAAAGAAAGUAAGACAGAGAGAGCGCCCAUGAGGAUAAAAGAGGGCUCGUGGGCGGCUUGUACUGUAUAAAAUGAAGUUUUUUUCAAGUCCCACCGCCUACAAUGAUCUGUGUCGUUUCUUUGGACGAUGAGUCAACCACCUCUACUACCUAAAAACUGUUAAAGACAAAAACAAACUCAGAUUUCAGAUUUCAAACGCAGAAGUCAGCUUGAUCCAGACAACAUCCGUCUACAAGAAAAAAAAACUGUAUAUAACAUUUUUAUACAUUUUGUAUCUUUUUCAUUGGAGAUGAAGAAGAAAUCUCUUGUGAUGUUUUCUUUUUUCUUUUCUUUUUUAUGAUUGUGUCCGGUUGUGAGUGAGGUUGGUGCGAGUGCAGUCUAGUUCGUUGCCGAGGGAGACAUUACCCCCACAAAGAAAAAAAAAAAAAAGAAAAAAGAAUCCCCAAAUUUAUUUUUCCGCAGAAACUUUUCCUCACGCUCAUCAACUCUGUGUACAGCGACAGGGGUCUGGCAAUAUAAAUCUGUUGAGAUUAUCGACACCGCGACAUGUGGUUGAAGGGAAAAUAUCAAAGUAGGGAGAAAGUGAUUGUAAAUAGAGGAAGGGAUUAUUAUAAGAGAAGAGAUUCGAUGGAAGAUGAUUGUUAAGAGAAAGAUGGCCAGCGUUAAGAUAAAACGCCACAUGAAGGUUCAGAGUUGGUGGUUCAACUUCUAAAGCUCAGUCGUGAGUGUUAUCGGCUCUUUCAGGAGAUUGUGCUGUUUUGUGAUCCACUGUACAUGAAUGUGACCGUGUCAUCUGUGUAUCUUUGUGCCUGGUGCUGACUGAACCAGACCAUAUCAGUCUUGAUUGAUAUUUCUGAGACCUGGCGGGUGAAGGUAGAUAAAUUGUCUGCGUGUCUGUAUGAGGCUGUGUCAUGUAACAACCGUUUAAAGACCCUCAAGGUAUUUUUCUCUUUGAUGCAUCACGACUCAACCUGCCUCGAGAGACACCACGGGAACAGCCGAAUCUCUCCGGCAGCAUCCAGGAGACUCCUAAAUAAAAGCUUCUCAUGCAGAAUUCUGUGUAAAUCCAAGCCAAAGGGACAACUGCUUAAAAUCGGUACGAUACAUCGUUCUCCACUUUUCUGUGAUGAAAAUGACGUGUGCAGGGUGUGAACGCUCUAGAUGCAAUUCACAGUUUUGUUUUAAUCAUGAUUUAUUUUGUCCUUUAAUGAUUGUGCCAUGAAAACAAGCCUAAAUUGAAACAUUGUUUUUUUAUUAACGAGGCCCUAGAUCUGCGCUACAACAUACUGUAACCCACUGUGGUUGGCAUUGUAUUUGGCUGCAUACUGUAUAAGCAAAUAGAUUUUGGUUUGGAAUGUAGGAGAGCAGAUCAAAGGGAAAACGUCACGUCUUAAUGGGCUUAGAUAUUUGUUUGGAGACCUGAAAGCAGACCUGCAGUACAUAUUCAGCACAGUAACUAUUGGAAUAUAUUAGCUCAUAUCUGUAGCACAUGCAUCUCUAAUGCCAGACUUUUUUUACUUGCUUGGCCGAACACAUAUACUGGGAAAUCACUUCAGAAGUGUCUUUAUAUGUGAGAAUCUUUUUCCAGUGAGCUGUCAUAGAUAAAGAGGUUCAUACAUCAGAACACAUUAAUACACAUUUGCUCUCAUUGUUUAGACGGCUGUUCAAAGAUGAGGUCUCUUGUAAGAUCUGGCUUAGCUUCUGCAGCGCCGUACAAGUUUGCUGAGGAGAGGAGAUGUCAGUUGUGUCAGCGCUAUAAAAGUGGUUUUGCGAUGCAGGUCUUUCCAUCAGCAGCUGCUCCUUUCUCACAGCUCUCUGAGUUCAGACCUCAAGGUAACAACAAAAGGAAUUUGUAAGCAAUGGAGACAGUCUCCACCAGCCUUCAGAGGGAUUAAGGGAUUGUGGCUAACAGAACUGUGCUUUUGUAAUGCUGCUAAAAAAUGCAGUGGCUCUAAAAAAUGGUAGCAAAAUGGGAUUUCUGUAUAGCCAAUAAUGUGUUGUCUGCGUGUCCUUGAGCAGAGAGCACUGACAAUCGAACAAUACAGUAUUUGUAAUAACACUAGAACAGCAAGGUAGAAAGUGGAUUAAAAAAACAAGAAGGCACAAUAAGCAACGUGAAGUACAAAACCAGAAAAGGUUGGAACAAAUUGGGUCAGAAACCGUGACUGUGUGCAAAAUGUAACUGUAGGGAGGAGGGCUUGGACGUUACUCAUUGCAGAGAGGAAGAAAAAAAGUCUAGAAAUGCAGAUAGUGGAAAUAAAAACACAACUCACACCUCGCAAAUGCAUAUCUUCCUGCUCUGACUGCUGCUCUGUCAUCCCCAGGAGGUGACAAGUGAACCUAUUUGUUGUGUUAAAAGUAUUGCCAAGAAAUGCCCCUGUACUAGUCUUUUAAAGGGGUAAUACACCAAAAGAAAUCAGACUUUGAUUCCUCCUCACUGUUUUCAUUCAGCUGCUCCAUUUAUUUAUUUUUCUUCAGAUCUGUUUGUCUUCAACUGACAGUACCUUUAACUUGUACAGACAUAAGAUUUAUUUUAUUUAUCGAUAAUUUAUUGACAUUGUAUUAAUUAUUUACAGUAUGUUGCCAUUUUGUAUGAGGUUGUUAAAGAAGUAUGUGUGAUUAUUUGUUUGUUUUUUUUGUCCAAAUGUUCCCUUUGUUCCGUUUCUUAUAAUCUGAUUCUCUCACUGCAACAAAUUCACAGAUGGAGGACAAGAAGAGAGGGCAAUGUAAAGAUACAAAUGUCUCUGUUUACAGUGUGACGCAGGACACUUUGCUUUUCAGCAUUUCAUUUGGUUUCUUUAUCCGAUCACGGAGGUUAAAUGUGGAAAGAUCUGAACAAACAAACCUAUGUAGUUGCAUUUAUCCUCCCCAGACAGAAAGUCAACAUAUCUAAACUAGAAGUUGAAUACUGGGUGUAAAUAAUGCAGAUAUGUCCUAAAUCAAACCAUUAUCCUCCCUGUUCACUGUUAUAGAUUCAAUGCUGAAGCUUCACAUCCACAUCAUCAAAUCUUGAACUGGUAAUGUGUGCUUUUAUACCCAACAGUCAGCCGUCAGUAUCCAGCUUCAGGUUAAUCUGCUUCGGACCAAUAGGAGCCACACAAGUGAGGGGAGACAAAAAAAAAACUGAGUUGAGAUUAAAACGUUGUGAUGUGCUCUGUAAAAAGAA